GCGCACACCGCGCGCGCGCUCCUGUUCGCUGCCUCCCUGCGAACGCGCGGCUCAGAGAUCUGGCAGAAGGUGUCCAGCCUCUCCUCAUCCUCUUCGGACCGCGUCAGUGGACUUGGACCACGGCUCCCUGUCCAACCUGGCUUGACUUGUUUUGGAUUGUGGCUCCCCCAGUCCCGUUUUGUGCGCAGCUGCCAAUGUUUGAAAGACGCCAUGAUCCGCCGCCAGGAUCAUCUUGCCCCCCCGGCAGGGAACGGUGACACUGACAGGCAUCUGGCUGAAAGGUGACCUCCAGACACUUUGCCUCCCCAAAAUGUUUGAACAUGCCAGGACACAAUGACCUCCAACAGCACAGACUCUUCCGGUCUCUUCCUGAUUCCCGACACCUUCCCCGCAGCCGGUUUGUCCCAGCAGUCCAACUCCUUCCAUCAAGCGGGGACGGGACCCUGGUUGGUGCUUCACGUCACCACCCCGGGUGGCAAUUCCUCUGCCGUGUUAAACUCCAGUCAAUCACAAGAUGGCAACGGGACAUCGGCCCUGGAUCCCCUGGGCGGGCACACGGUGUGGCAGGUGGUCCUCAUCGUCCUGCUGACCGGAAUGCUCUCGCUGGUCACCGUCAUUGGAAACAUCCUGGUGGUGGUGUCCUUCAAGGUCAACCGCCAACUGAAAACGGUCAAUAACUACUUCCUGCUGAGCUUGGCAGUGGCUGACCUCAUCAUCGGGGUCAUCUCCAUGAACCUGUACACGGCCUAUCUCGUGAUGGAUUACUGGGCUCUGGGGAACUGGGCUUGUGACCUGUGGUUGGCUAUUGACUACGUGGCCAGCAACGCUUCAGUUAUGAACCUGCUGGUCAUCAGCUUCGACCGCUACUUUUCGGUGACCAGGCCUCUGACUUACCGGGCCAAACGGACAACAAAGCGGGCCGGGGUCAUGAUCGGCCUGGCCUGGUUCGUUUCUCUGGUUUUGUGGGCCCCGGCCAUCCUUCUGUGGCAGUACUUUGAGGGUCAAAGGACGGUGCCUCCCAAUAAGUGCUAUAUUCAGUUCCUCCAGCAGCCCAUCAUCACCUUCUGUACGGCCAUGGCGGCUUUCUACCUGCCCGUGACCAUCAUGAGUGUGCUCUACUGGCGGAUUUACAAGGAGACGGAGAACCGCUCCAAAGAGUUAGCCGGGCUGCAGGGUUCGGGGGCCCGCGCCGGAGGCAGCAGCGGGAUAGCGGCAAGAAAUGGCAACGCCACGGUGGACAGAGCCCGUUUUGUGCGUCAAACCGGGAGCUCCAGAAGUUGCAACAGCUACGAGCUGACAAGGUUGUCGCAAAGGAAGAACGCCUGCCGGGAGUUGGUUAGCCGCCUGCACUGCUGGCCCGGGGUCCGAUCCUGGAGACCCGGCAGCAUCCGUCAAGGAGAGAGGGACCCAGACCAGAGCAGCACAGACAGCUGGAACAACAAUGACAACGCUGUUUCGCUGGACCAGUCGGGCUCGUCGGAUGACGAAGACUGCGGCGGGAGAGACGGCCACACCAUUUUCUCCAUCGUCCUCAGCCUGCCCGGCAUAAAAGCGGCUGUCAACUCCCAGCUCACCUCCUGCGAGGACUUGGAGGAAGCCUCGGAACAGGACCCGCUAAGGGGGGCGGAGUUCAACAGACGCGGCCUUGCUGCCGGUGCGGCCGGCAGUCCUGACGGAACUGAUCGCUCCGAAGCGAGCUACCACCAACGCUUCUGUUCACGCAGCAACGCGUCGGCACCGACCGAGCGGGCCGCCUCCGACUCGGGUUGUCCGGACGACGCGGCGGCGGCCCCCGACUCCCGCACCACCGGCACCAAAUCCGUUCCCAUGUCCUUCAAAGAGGCGGCAAUGGCCAAGCGCUUUGCGGCCCGAGCUCGGACUCAGAUCUCCAAGAGAAAGCGAAUGUCCAUAGUGAAGGAGAAGAAGGCCGCUCAGACGCUCAGCGCCAUUCUCUUUGCCUUCAUCAUCACGUGGACGCCGUACAACAUCAUGGUCCUGAUCAACGCCUUCAGCAAAGCGUCCAUUCCUAACACGCUGUGGGCGGUGGGCUACUGGCUCUGCUAUGUCAACAGCACCGUCAACCCCAUGUGCUACGCGCUGUGCAACAAGACCUUCCGGACCACCUUUAAGAUGAUCCUGCUCUGCCGCUGGGACCGGAAGAAGCGCCGGAAGCUGCAGUUCCAGCAGAGGCCGUCUGUGGUCUUCCACAGAAGGAUUCCCAGAGAGUCCACGUAGGGGAGGGGCGAGCAGCUUGAAGAUGGAAUGAAAAACAAGAAGCGUCCACGGGGUUCUUUUGGGAGUUUGUCCGAGGCACUCGCGCCUGAGCGCUCGUUUGCGCCGGUUUCAAUGUUUGUGUGCUCGUCGUGUCCGUGUGCAUGCAAGGAGGGCGGGGCUAGGUCGGAGCCACAAACCAGAGACGUCCAUCCGGUCUCGAAGAACUCGACCGUGAAGGAAACGUGCAAAGGGCUUGAAACAGAACAGAACGUCUUUCGUUGUGGGCUGGAAUAUUAAAAGUGCAAUUGAGGCAAGGGGAAAAGGAAUGCUUUGUCACACGGUUCUCACGGGGUUGUUGAUUCUUGUCAUUUUCUCUUUGUCCUUUGCUAGAUCAGUAACGUGCGGAUGGACUCGAGUGUUUUUGCCUUUGUAACCAAAUGGAACUUGGCAUCUGUAAUUUGUCAACAAAAGCUAACUUUUGACCGCCAUGUUUUUUUUUCAUUCCCUUUCUUGUUUUGCUUUCCUAGAUAGAUUGUGCUAAGUGGGAUCGAAAACAUUCUUCAGAGGUGUCCGAGAAAUCUUUUUAUUUUUGUUCUCAUCUUGAGCCAGUCUGAAAAUGACUUUUACAAAUCGUCUGUAUGGCGCCACAGUUGGUGAACCGCAGUUGUGUUCAAUGUGAUUGUUGUGCUUUUGAAAACAAUGGCGAUGACGAGUACAUACGGUUGUCUUGACGUCAUUGUGAUAAUGAUGAUGAUGAUGCUAUUCUGUUGGUGUACCUUUGCAGCUCUCUCUCACACACAAAGAUGUCGAUUUUCUCGGACACAGCCUUCUGUGAACUUUCUACUGUAAUGCUUUUGUCAGGUUAUCUUUAUGCUUAUUUGUGGAGCCAGGGCGACCUCUAGUGGCGUGAGGGGGACCGAACACGCUCGCUGCCAAUUCCAUAUCUGGUGCAGUUUCAUUCACAACCCCAGUUGACUUUAAGAAGACACAUUUGAAUUUAAAAAAAAAAAAAAAAAAGGGAAACGUUUAUUCAGAUCGUUUAUGUAACUGAUCAAAAUU